AUGGCUCAGUCAACCAAGCUGCAGCAGGUGCUCAACUUUCGAGAUGUUGGGAAGACCGUAAAUCAAUUUCUUGGUCAGCGACGGGUUCGCGAGGGAGUACUGUAUCGCUCCGCUAGACCAGAUGAAGCCACGCCGCAGGACAAGGCCGCCAUCGCCCAUGAAUUUGGAAUCAAGACCAUAAUAGACUUGCGGACAGAGACCGAGCUCCUGAAGCAAGCAGGAAAGCACCAAGCAGCGCAUCAUGGCCCGGCCGAGUCACACGACAGUGCCACGCCAGCACAUGCCUCGCGCAUCAGUGGAAUCGACUACAAUGAGAUAGCAAUCACCAGCCGGCCACUCGAGAAGCACCUCCUCAGCCAGCUCACCUGGUGGAGUUUCCUGUCAGUUCCCGCUGCUUAUGCACUUUUGCCGCGCGCGCCGUACCCUAACCCGGGCCCACGUCUCAGCAAAGUCAUCUGUUUUUUCAUCCUCGGGUACCGCAUCGAUGCCGUGCGAGUCAUCGGACAGGAGGUUCUCCUCCAGCGUGGACUCCGAGGUCUCGGUACCGACACCCUCGACCACUCAGGCGCUGAGAUUCGCGAGACACUCUCUCUAUAUGCCAGGGCUCCGCCGACGCCGAUCUUGGUACACUGCACCCAGGGCAAGGACAGAACGGGACUGGUAUGUACCCUCAUCUUGAUGAUACUCGAUGUGCCGGUCUCCGCCAUCGAGCACGACUACUUCCUCACGGAUGCUGCCCUCCUGUCCUCCAGGGACGAGAGGCUGGCCGAGGUUCGUGAAAUUGGCCUCUCCGAUGAAUGGGCAAGCACGGCCGAGGACAUGAUCACCGGGAUGGACGAGCAUCUAGUUCAAAAGUACGGCGGCCUGAACGCCUACCUCGACCACAUUGGCUUUGGUGAAGCGGCCCGAACCAAGCUACGAGACGUGCUCCUCUAUUGA